AUGGCCUGCUGUUUAUCCGAAGAGGCGCGCGAGCAGAAGCGGAUCAAUCAAGAGAUCGAAAAGCAGCUUCAACGUGACAAACGAAAUGCUCGACGAGAACUAAAACUAUUAUUAUUAGGUUUGUUUUUUUUUUCAAAUUUUUUCUGAAAUCCUCCAAAAUUUGCAUUCCUUUUUCCAAAUUUUUCUGUGGGGCUCAAUUUUUCCAACUUCCACCAAUUUUUUUUUGCAAAUACUUUAUUGAUUGUUUUUUGAUUGAGAUUUAGUGAUAAGGAUUUAAUAAUGGCAAGAAAAACAGUUUGUAACCUCGUUUUCCUUAUUUUACCUCCGUCCAUCCAAGCCAAAUAAGAAGAAGAAGAAGAGAAUCCAAAAAUGUUGGUCCCCGCCAUCGCCCCCCGCAAAAAAAGACGCUCUUCUUCUUCUUCUUCGCUUGCUUUGCCCUCCUUCUUCUUCUUUUUCUUUAUCGAUUGGGCGGGCGGGCGGGUCCGCCGGCCUAAAGAGACGCAGACAAUGAAACAGUUCUCGCUCUCGAUGUCUGCCACAUACACGCACAACCUAAUCAGCAUUGAAAAGAGAGUAGGAGAAAAUAAGAGAGUGUGAGAGAAAGAGAUGGAUAGAUGGAUGGAUGGCUAGAUGAAUUCACAUACAAAUGACUAAUGGACAUGAGUUGUGUGUAUGCAGUGCAAAUUGAUUUCCAACCAGACCUGUCGUUUUACGGCUAUUUGCGGCCCUCGGGCCAGCCAUUUGAAGGGCCGGGCUAGCCAGCCCAAAUAGGGAAAAUGGGCUGGCUCAGCCCGGCCUUUCCAACAAAUUUUAUUGUGUAAAUCCACUAUUUUUCAAUAAUGUUUCUUUCGAAAUUUGCCUUUUGGCGGAAGAAAAUUGGCGAAUUCCGUGUUUCUAAUAGUGGAUUGAUAAUAAAAGUAAAAUUUAUUGAAAUUCAUGUGCUUCACCAUUACGAUCCUGCACCAAAACAGUACUUCGAAGAAAUGUUGGUGCACUAACACCAAUAUAAGUUAUUCUGAUUUACGAAAUUCGCCCAAAUGCAGAAAAUUUGAGCAAAAUCAUCUAUUUUUAAAAAUCCCAAAUUGUCAUCAAAAAUUUAUGAAGGGCCGAAAAAGGGCUGAAGCAGCCUCUCAUAAAAAAAGAAGGGCCGGAGGGCCGAAAUAGCCCGCAUAUUUUGAAUUUUGAAGGGCUGGCCCGGCCCGGCCGCCCAAAAACGACAGGUCUGUUUCCAACCCCAAAUUUGUGUGUGUGUGUGCCUUCUUCUUCUUCUUUUUUUCUGACAGACUUCCUUUUUCUCUCUCUCUCUCUCUCUCUUUUUCUCUCUUUAUGUGCUCUUAUUUGGUUGGAUAAGUGGACGAAGAGAAAAAGACAGAGAAAAGAAAAAAAGAAGAAGGAGAAUCCCGAGAAAAUUGAGAACUGUUUGGAUAGUGUGAGCUCAAAUGGGUAAAGAAAACGAGGUUGAAAACUGGGAAAAAUUGUGACAAAAAAUGAGAUGGCAGGAAAAAUUGGGAAAAAAUUCGGGCGGGUUUGGAAAUUUUUGGGUGGAUGAUAAGAUUUAGAAUAUUUAGAGUUAUAAUCAAUUAAAAUAUAAGGAAGGAAGAUUUUUAGUAAAAUCUGCUGAAAAAUACUCCGAAAUCCAAGUUUCCAAUUCAAAAAAUCGGACGAUUUUUUAGCAGGAUAUUUUUCGAUUUUUGUGGAUCAUCUAUAAUUUUGUUAAGUUUUCAGAACUCCAACCUAACAAAAAAAUUCGAGGCUCCGAAAACAUUUCAUUAAAAUUCGGAGUUCUGUAAAAUCAAGGAGCUUAUGUUACUGUAUUUCUAUCUUAAAACUCCAAAACGUUUCGAAUAUUUUCCGUAGAUCAAGAAUAUGUUUCUAUAAAUCUCUCUGUUUCUCGUUAUAUUUCGUUCAUUUUGAUCUUAACCAAAGAUUUUGUCAGUAGAGUUAGAUCUUUGUUCGGUGGUUAAUUACACACCUAAAAACCCCAAUAUUCAGAAAAAUUUAUCUGUCUUUGAAUCUAAAUCUGAAUCCUUCCCGAAAAAUUCAGGCGCAAUUUUUUUCACCCAUUCGCAAGCUUUUAUCUCGAUGAUGUCACAUUAAAAAAUAACCGGAUGCCAUGUUUUAGACUUCCAACUUUUUGGGACCAAUGAUUUUCUUUUGAUCUUCCCGUAAAUUUCAAUCCCAUUUUUGAAGGAGUACUGUAUUUUUUGGGAACUGAAAAAAUAUUAGUCGAUAAUUUUCUUCAUAAUAACUUAUUCCAAAUUUUUCUGAAAAUCCUGAAAAAACUUGCAGAUUAUUUGAUGCAAAUAUUUCGGAUUUUCAAAAUGUAACUGAUUAUUGAUAAAUUUAAGGUUUUCGAAAUUUGAUUUUGACGCAAAAAAAUGUUGGCCCAAUUUUUAAAAUCCUUUUUUUCAUUAAAAAAAGACAUUUCUAGUUUUGAAAUUCUUCGGAAAUUGUUUAAAAAAUAAUGACGUCAACUUUUCUGUGAGUUUUAGAUGUUCUAUUUUCGAAACAAUUGAAACAAAUUAUUGAUUUUUCUUCCAGAAUUUUUGAUAUUGCUCAUCUUAGACUAUGAACAAACAAAAAGAAGAACUAUUUUGAAUCUAUAUUUUAUUGUUUUUGUUUAGUCUUAUUUCACUCUAUCAAAACACCGUGAUAACAUAACAUAAAUUCGAAUAACAAAACAAAACCAAAAACCCGUUUCGAUGGUUGUUUUGUUUUUCACAAAAAUAUCAGCAGACAAUUAAUAAUAAUAAAAACAAUCAAAAUAAACAUAUAGGGAAUUCAAGCUAAUCAGGCUAGACAGAUAGUACUUAAAAUUUCGAGAAAAAUAUAGUCUAAAAAUAAACUGGAAUUUUGAACUUUUCUAGAUUUAUCAAAACAAAAUUGGUUGAAAUGGGAAAAAUAAAAGGGAAUUGUGUGGAGAUUUGUGAGAAGAUCAGAAAAAAUGGGAAGGGACCAAUUUAUAAAGAACAAUCGAUGACUUCAAAAAAAGGUGCAAUAGUAUUCCCGAUGAAAAUUGAGCCCCAUUCAAAAACUCCAGAAAAAGAAGAAAAAUUAUUCCCUAUAAAUCCAAAUCUAAAUAUAAUUAUUGAUUUUAGGAACGGGAGAAUCUGGAAAAUCAACGUUCAUCAAACAGAUGAGAAUUAUUCAUGGCCAAGGUUAUUCAGAUGAAGACAAACGAGCACAUAUUCGACUCGUUUAUCAGAACGUAUUUAUGGCUAUACAAGUGGGUUUUUUGUUUUUGGAAAGAAACUUUUUUGAAUAUUUUAUGAGCGAUCAUUUUUGAAAUUGUUCCAAAAAAAAAUGAUGAUUAUUAGUUAGCAGUUCUAGAAUAGUUUAUUUUUAUCAAACAUGAGCGAUACAUUUUCUAUUGCCAGAUUGUUUAUUUUGUUGAUUUCACGAAUAGCUUUGAAUUUUCUGAAAAAAAAUGUAGAUCAAUAUUUUUGGGAAGCUAUAAAAAUCGAUAAUUUUCACCUCUUAGAUUUGAUUUUUUUUGAAUUGUCGUUAUUCUAUUUUUCAAGUUUUUUCCAAGCAUAAUUCCUUUUUCGAAGUGAUUCUUACUUGUUCCAAAACCUUGAAGUUCUUUAGUUUUGUUGGUAUCUGAUGGUUUUUUAAACACAAAUGUACCAAGUGAAUUUUAACUUCCCAUUCUAUUUUUUUGUACUCCAAAUUGGCAUUUGUCUGUAAUUGUUCUCAUAUUUUUCAAAUCCCAAAUCCAAUUUUAUUUUCUCAUAAAUCCAACAUUCCGUAAUUGAUUAUGAUGAUAUAAUUUUAUUCUAUUUUUAAUAUCAAAUACCACCUAGACAUGAUCAUCAUUUUAUAAUAUAAUAGUAAUAAUAAUUUGAAUAUAAUAAUCAUCCAUCAAUUCGUUAUAAUCAUUAAGUUGAUAUCUAAGGGCACAAUUUAUGUGAAUAAAAUAGGAAUUGAAUAGGUGUUAAUUGAGUUGGACAUAAAAAGAAGAAAAAGAAAAAGAAGUGAGUGGUGGAGAAAAUGAAGAAGUAGAAAAAAAGUAGAAAAAAUAGGAAAGAAGAAGAAGAAGGCACCCUGCCAGCCACCAUCAUCUUUUUUCUUCUUCUUCCCUAGUUUUUUUUUACAUACUAACUAAUAGAUGGGAAAUCGAAGGAAAAUGGGAGAUUUGAAAACAAAAAUGAAAUACAGAAUCAGAAUCUAGAAAUAUUUUGAACAAAAUGGUUUUUUGCAGAGUAUGAUACGGGCGAUGGAUACACUUGGAAUUGAAUUUGGGGACACAUCGGAAGAACUGCAGGUUAGUUUGAUGUCAUUGAGAAAAAUUGUUUUAUUAAAGGUUACUGUAGAUAUUUAUCUCUGGAAAAAUAGAUUUCUGGAUUUAUCUUGAAGUUCUUACAUACCGCUUUAGUGAAACUUUUUUUUAAAUCAAGACUGAAAAAGUCAUGUUUCACAGUUUCACAGCUUUAUAAAUUUAAACUGAAAUAAUCGAUUUUUGAAUUAAUAAGAAACUUCACAAAAACUCUGCAGUAGAUCAUAUUUCUCGAAAAUAUAAAAUUUUUUUUGAGGUUACUGUGGUUUUUCAAAUGCUGAGAAGCGUGGAAUUUAGUAGAUUUUUUCAAACCCACUUUCUGAAGUAGAAAGUAAAGUUAGAAGGUCUAGAAAUCAGGACCACGUUUUCCUGAAAAAUUUUGGAAUUCUACCGUGUUUUUAUUUUAAAACCCAAUCACUCAAACAAUUGAUGAAAUAUUUUUGAGAAACUUGAAUUGUUCAUGUUGCCGUAUUGGGAAAUACUUAUUUAAGAAUUAGUGUUAAAAAAAAGUAAAUUACCUUAAAACGGUGCUCUGCAAAAGUUAUAAUUUGUGCACCUUUUCUGAUAUUAACCUGCAAAUUCCAAGGGAACUUGGCGGUCUUCAAUAUUUGAGAAGUUUUUGGAAUGGGAUAUUCUGGAAUUGAAUAUUAUGAUCCAACUAUUUUCAAUCAUAAAAUUUCGAUUUUGUUCAUGAAACCAUCACAUUUUUAAAAUUGUAUAUCUAGAUUUAUUAUUAUUAUUCAAAUUUCCUCUCUUCCCAAAUGCUAAUAAUUUUAUUCAAAAAUACUAAAUAUAUUUAAUUAUAUGUUAAGAAAAAGAAGAAGUAUCAACAAGAAAUAUAUAAUUAUUGAAACUAAUGUGUUUUUUCGAUUCCAGGAAAAAGCUGCAGUUGUUCGAGCUGUGGAUUUUGAAUCGGUGACGUCUUUCGAAGAACCAUACGUGUCGUAUAUCAAAGAACUAUGGGAAGAUUCUGGUAUUCAGGAAUGUUAUGAUAGGAGGCGAGAAUAUCAAUUGACUGAUUCCGCUAAAUAGUUAGUUUCUUUUUUGAGAUUUGAAUUUUGAAAAUCUGAAACUUUUUGGAAAAAAAGAUUAUAUAUAACAUAAUUAAUUUGCAGUUAUCUGUCUGAUCUACGACGAUUAGCAGUGCCCGAUUAUUUACCAACAGAACAAGAUAUUCUUCGAGUUCGUGUUCCCACAACCGGUAUUAUUGAAUAUCCAUUUGAUUUGGAGCAGAUUAUAUUCAGGUAACUACUAUCUAUAGUUGGUCAACGACUAGACUAAAGUCGAUAAUAAUCGACUUUUAGCCGAGUCGAUAAGAGAAAAUAAACGACUCGACUAACGACUAAGUCGUUUAGUCGAUAAGCCAAGUCGAUAAGCUAUCGACUAAAGUCGAGUCGAUAGCCUUUUUAUCGACUCGGUUCGGCUAAGAAAUUUUUUUCGAAUUUUCAGAAAAUGAUUGAAAUUUCUGAAAUUCGUGGGCGGGGGGUUUUCGGCUCCGUGGAGCAUCAUGGUGAUAAUGAUUUGACACGAAAAUACGCGUAUCACCUCUAAUCAGUGAUUAUCAGUGAAAUUUCAAAAUUAUCAGAUUGAGCUGGGAGUUGGAGGAAAUGAUGUUUGGUGAUAGUAGAUGACAUUUUUGAUAAGUUUAGAGCACCAGCUUCAUCUCAGAAGCUCUUAUCAGUCCUUAUCACUAAAUUAUCAAUAUGCUCGGAUUUGGCUGAAACUUCCAGAAAAUGAUGUCUGGAGUUAGUAGAGACUAUUUUUGAUAACUUUAUACAUCAAGCUUCAUCUCAAAAGCUCUUAUCAGCUGUUAUCACUAAAUUAUCAAUAUCAUCUGAUAAGGCUGAAAAUCGGCAUUUUUGGGUUUUCGAGUAUGGGGAAUCGUGUGCUGAUAGUGAUUUUGUCUGAAAAUCACUUUUAAAGGACCCCAUCACUCAAAAAAAAAAUUUUUUUUGAAAAAUUAUGUUUCGGGGUUUUUCGGUACGGGGAGUCAUGUGGUGCUGAUUUUUCGGCUCAAAACUCGCUUUUAAAGGCAGUAAACAUGAAAAAAUUAAUUUUUUUGAAAUUUGAAGAUUAGUAGUUUUUCGAUACGGGGAACAUCGUGGUGAGACCCGUUUGGCCAAAAAAUGACUUUUAAAGGCACAUUCCGACCAAAAAAUAUUUUUCAUGGAAACUAUGUUUUUUGAUAUUUGCAACAUCGUACUGACAUCGAUUAGGCUCAAAAAAUUUAAGAACCUGGAAUAUGCCUUUAAAAGUCAUUUUUUGGCCAAACGGGUCUCACCACGAUGUUCCCCGUAUCGAAAAACUACUAAUCUUCAAAUUUCAAAAAAAUUAAUUUUUUCAUGUUUACUGCCUUUAAAAACGAGUUUUGAGCCGAAAAAUCAGCACCACAUGACUCCCCGUACCGAAAAACCCCGAAACAUAAUUUUUCAAAAAAAAUUUUUUUUUGAGUGAUGGGGUCCUUUAAAAGUGAUUUUCAGACAAAAUCACUAUCAGCACACGAUUCCCCAUACUCGAAAACCCAAAAAUGCCGAUUUUCAGCCUUAUCAGAUGAUAUUGAUAAUUUAGUGAUAACAGCUGAUAAGAGCUUUUGAGAUGAAGCUUGAUGUAUAAAGUUAUCAAAAAUAGUCUCUACUAACUCCAGACAUCAUUUUCUGGAAGUUUCAGCCAAAUCCGAGCAUAUUGAUAAUUUAGUGAUAAGGACUGAUAAGAGCUUCUGAGAUGAAGCUGGUGCUCUAAACUUAUCAAAAAUGUCAUCUACUAUCACCAAACAUCAUUUCCUCCAACUCCCAGCUCAAUCUGAUAAUUUUGAAAUUUCACUGAUAAUCACUGAUUAGAGGUGAUACGCGUAUUUUCGUGUCAAAUCAUUAUCACCAUGAUGCUCCACGGAGCCGAAAACCCCCCGCCCACGAAUUUCAGAAAUUUCAAUCAUUUUCUGAAAAUUCGAAAAAAAAUUUCUUAGCCGAACCGAGUCGAUAAAAAGGCUAUCGACUCGACUUUAGUCGAUAGCUUAUCGACUUGGCUUAUCGACUAAACGACUUAGUCGUUAGUCGAGUCGUUUAUUUUCUCUUAUCGACUUUUAGUCGAGUCGGUCGUUAGCUAGUCGUUGACCAACUAUACUACUAUCUAUUUUUAACCUUUUUUAAAGCUUUUUGUUUGUUUGCUUUUGUUUUACGGUAUUUUUUCAUUAAAUCAAGAAACGUAAAGAAAUCUCAUUAAAUGUUUCAAUUUAGCAGAAAAUUUAAUCAAAAGUGUUUUUGUCACAUGUUCAAACAAAACUGUAUAGAAAUCUCAAUAUUUGUUUUUUUUCGGUUUGAAAUUGAAAAAAUCUCAUUUGGCCUCUAAUUAAAAGUGUUUUUGAUUUUUUGAACCAUGAAACAAAAGAAAUCAGAUUGAGGGGUUUUGGAAAUAAAAAAAAUUAAAUAGAAAAUAUUGCUAUGGGACCACAAAGGAAGUUGGACUGAAAUGCAGAACAGGUCCAUGUGUCCUAAACAUUCAGAGCAUAAAAUAGUUUUGUGGGGACUUCAUCUUGGGUCUCAAUCUUAGAGUAUCACCCCAAAUGUAUCAUGUCAGCUUCUGAGAAGACUCUAACUGAGAAAAUAUCUUGCCCUUUUGAGGAUCUGAAAUAGAGUUAAGUUAAAAAUUAGGUGCCUAAUGUUAUUCCUGUUCUUCAUUUCAAAUGCUUGAUCAACACUUUCAAUGGGACCCAAUUAAAGUUGAUCGCAAUCCUUCUCACCAGCCAUUUGGUUCCUAUUCUUUUUUGCAUAAUUUUCCAAAAAUAUAAAUAUUGAUCAGUGUUAAUGAAGCUGAUUGAUAAUUUAUAUCAAAUGUUUUUUUCCCACCAAUCAAACUCUUUUAUCCAUUUAUCUUUUAUUACAGGAUGGUUGACGUUGGAGGACAGAGAUCAGAAAGGCGGAAAUGGAUUCACUGUUUUGAAAAUGUGACAUCUAUAAUGUUUUUAGUAGCUUUAUCCGAAUAUGAUCAAGUUCUGGUUGAAUGUGAUAAUGAAAACCGAAUGGAAGAGUCAAAAGCGUUGUUUCGAACAAUCAUCACAUAUCCUUGGUUCACAAAUUCAUCAGUUAUAUUAUUUUUAAACAAAAAAGAUUUGUUGGAAGAGAAAAUACUGUAUUCACAUCUAGCCGAUUAUUUUCCCGAAUACGACGGUCAGUUUCUCUUUUCUUUUUUCAUUUUCAUUUCAUUUCUAAAAUAUAUAUGUUUUAGGCCCUCCACGAGAUCCAAUCGCUGCUCGAGAAUUCAUAUUGAAAAUGUUUGUUGAUCUGAAUCCAGACGCCGAUAAAAUUAUUUAUUCACAUUUCACAUGUGCAACUGGUGAGUUGUUUUUUGCAGGGAUCAGUUGACUAAUAUUCGGGGGUAUACUGUGGAUAAAUGUACUCGUUGUACUCUACAAAAAUAUUCGGAAAAUGUAUUUAUAAUCGCUAUACUAACGACUAUACGAUUCUAUUUUUUUGAAGAAAAAUUUUGAGAGGGGUUGAAAAGUUCAAGGGAAGAUUUAUAUUUGGAAAAGAUAGGAACAAAAUGUGAGGGAUCAGGAACUUUAAAAAGUAUUACUGUAGUUAAUAUUCACACAAUAGUAGUACUACUUUAGAACUAGGAUUUCUUGGUUCAGCUACUUGGUACUGAAGAUUUCAAGGCGGAAAUCUGUGCCAGAAUGGAAUUCGCUGAUCUUUGAUAAUUGGACUUUCUAGAAAAAAUCUUGGCGGUCUGGUUUUUGAGUAUUUUUGAACAGUAGAUGUGUGAAUUCUUGAAUUGCAGUUUUUCAGACAAUCAAACAGUUCCUGUGCAUUUCCAAAAUAUCAUAGGGAGAUUUUUCUCAUUGAGAUAACCUUUCAGUUUAUCUGAAACAAUUUAAAAACUCAAUAUGACGUCAUAUUACUUUAUUACUAGUGAAAAUUUUCAUUCAACCGGUAGAAAAAUUAAAUUAAAAAUAAUCAAAAUUAUUUUGUUUUCAGAUACGGAGAAUAUUCGUUUCGUGUUCGCUGCGGUAAAAGACACGAUUCUACAGCAUAAUUUGAAAGAGUACAAUUUGGUGUGA